AUGGCAAGACAAGACAGCCCCUUAUUCCUGCAUGGAUUCGAUCUCAGCUGUAACUUCACUGACCUCUGUCCACUGGGCUCUGGGGUCACCGGCCUGGUCCUGUCGGCACAUGACCAGAGGACCGGCCAGAAAGUAGCCAUAAAGAAGCUGCUGAUGCGCGAUGCUGUGUCGUUGAAACAUGCUCUGAGGGAGGUGAAGAUAACACGGAGGCUGCACCAUGAGAAUGUGGUGAGAGUGCACGAGGUCCUGGCUCCACACGGACGCCCCCUGCCCCAGGACCCCCGGCAGCUCAGCGCCAUUUACAUCAUCCAGGAGUGUAUGGAGACCGACCUGGCCCGGCUCCUGGACCAGGGGCCUCUACCCACAGGUCAUGCGACUCUGCUGUUCUACCAGCUGCUGAGAGGCCUAAAGUUCAUCCACUCUGCAAACGUUCUGCACCGAGACCUGAAACCUGCCAACAUCUUCAUCAACACUGAGCAACUGCUGCUCAAGAUCGGAGACUUUGGUCUAGCAAGGAUCGUGGACCCACAUUACUGCCACAAGGGCUAUCUCUCUGAGGGCCUGGUCACUAAGUGGUACUGCUCUCCCCACCUGCUGCUUUCGCCCAAUAACUACACCAAGGCCAUUGACAUGUGGGCAGCCGGCUGUAUUCUGGCAGAGAUGCUCACCGGAAAAAUGCUAUUUGCAGGGGCCCAUGAGCUGGAGCAGAUGCAGCUGAUCCUGGACACUGUUCCUGUGCUCAGGGAGGAGGACAGACAGGAACUGCUGCAGGUGAUGCCCUCAUAUGUCAGCGAUGGUUGGAGAGUGAAAAAGCCUUUCUCAAAGCUGCUGUCGGAUGUGGAUUCUCUGGCUGUGGACUUUCUGGGUCGUAUUUUGACGUUUAAUCCUAUUGAUCGGCUGACGGCGGAAGCAGCAUUGUCCCAUGCAUUCCUGUCUCCUUACGCCUGUCCUGAGGAUGAGCCUGUGUCCUCUCAGCCCUUCAGGAUAGAGGACGAGCUGGAGGACAGUCUGCUGAGUGAGGCUUGUCUGAGCCACAGCACCAGCACCACACAUUGGGACAGGUUUGGGAGCAGUCUUUCCACAGACCUGUGCUGGCAGCACUCGGGGGGCAGGUGUCGCUGUAUGCCCCCAAGUGUGAUGACCGCUGACUUGGGAGACACUACAGAGGAAGAGGAGGUGCAGCGAGACCCAAGAGCUAACUCUGCUACCCUACUGGAGGAGGCACAGGUGGAUCCCCGGAAAUACUCCCACAGCAGCUCGGCUGAACGCUUCCUAGAGCACUCGCACUCUUCUGUAGACCGGGCCUUUGUGCUUGGAGAGCUGGACUGUGGACGCUCCUGUGACUACAAAGUGGGCUCGCCGUCAUACCUGGACAAAAUUGCCUGGAGAGAAGGGAAGCCACAGCACUACUCUGAACCCAAACUCAUCCUGGAUCUGUCCCACUGGAAACGCAACACCAGCUUGAACGUCCCAGCAGAACCAGUAGAUAGAAGUGUGGAGGAUAUUGAAAUGGAGACUGAUGAAAAGACUGAGGAGGAGGAGCAGGAAAGUGGGGAUUUGUUCCAGGAGAUUUCACGUUGGGUUGAGAGCACGCAGUCACGCCUCCACUCGCCUUCUCCUAAUUCCUUGUUGGAACAACAGUCACCGAGUUGCUACACUUCCUCUCCUCCUUUACCCAUUUCUCCAACAGACCAGCAAGCUCCGGUCUUCAGCUACACAGAAGUCAUCCAGCCGCCUUCACCAGACUAUGAACUAUCUGCAGGAGGCGAGCAAAAACACCACUUCCUUUCACUCUCGUCUCUUCUUGCUUCUCUCAAGGAAUAUGAUUUACUAAGGGCACAAUAUCACCGCCAUUUCACUGAAUUUCAACACCCCCAAAGCUGCCUCUACGUCACCAUGUUGUCCAGACUGUCCAGAAGCUGUUUGUCCGUCAGACCCUGUCUCUCUGUGGUCAGAUGGGCCCACACCAAAGAGAAGGGCAAGCCACUCAUGCUCAACCCACGCACCAACAAAGGAAUGGCUUUCUCUCUUGAAGAACGUCAGCUCUUGGGGAUCCACGGCCUGCUGCCCCCGAAAGUGGAGACUCAGGACAACCAGGCCAUGCGCUUCCAAAAAAAUCUGAAGAAAAUGACAGAUCCUUUAGAGAAGUACAUUUAUCUGAUGGGCAUUCAGGAGAGAAACGAGCGUCUGUUCUACAGAGUCCUGAUGGAGGACAUAGAGGAGCUGAUGCCGAUUGUCUACACUCCCACCGUGGGCCUGGCCUGUACGCAGUAUGGACACAUAUUCAGAAGGCCCAAGGGAUUGUUCAUCUCUAUUAAAGACAAAGGACACGUGCGGUCCAUACUGGACAACUGGCCUGAGACCCGAGUGGCUGCAGUCGUGGUCACAGAUGGGGAGCGUAUUUUGGGCCUGGGGGACCUGGGGGUUUAUGGGAUGGGCAUUCCUGUGGGAAAACUGUGCCUGUACACGGCCUGUGCAGGAAUCAGGCCAGAGAAGUGUCUGCCUGUGGUCAUCGACGUUGGCACGGACAACCAGACACUGCUUCAAGACCCCUUGUACAUGGGCCUGUAUCAGAAGCGCGAUCGGACGCAGGCUUAUGAUGACCUCAUCGAUGAGUUCAUGGAGGCUGUGGUGGAAAAGUAUGGACAGGAUACACUCAUUCAGUUUGAGGACUUUGGGAACCACAACGCAUUCCGCUUAAUGAGGAAAUACAGGGAGAAGUACUGCACUUUCAAUGACGAUAUCCAAGGCACAGCAGCUGUAGCACUGGCUGGUCUGUUAGCUGCACAGAGGGCUUUGGGUAAACCCAUCACUGAACAUAGGGUGCUCUUCCUUGGAGCCGGCGAGGCUGCUUUGGGAAUAGCUAGUCUCAUUGUCAUGGCGAUGAUGGAAAAUGGCCUGACACAAGCGGAGGCACAGGAGAAAAUCUGGAUGUUUGACAAACAUGGGCUUUUAGUGAAGGAAAGAUCAGACACCGAUGCUAAUCAGGAAGGAUUUAUCCACGACAGUCCUGGAAAUGUGCAAAGCUUUCUGGAUGCUGUCAACACAAUCAAACCCACAGCUAUUAUUGGUGUGGCAGGAGCCGGGAGACUUUUCACUCCAGAUGUGAUCAAAGCCAUGGGAGCUAUCAAUGAUCGACCGAUCAUAUUUGCACUGAGUAAUCCAACCGCUAAAGCAGAGUGCACGGCUCACGACGCAUACACUCUUACUGAUGGCAGAUGCCUGUUUGCCAGUGGAAGCCCAUUUGAGCCAGUUACUCUGAGCGACGGACGCGUCAUUACUCCUGGACAAGGAAAUAAUGCUUACAUCUUCCCAGGUGUGGCUCUGGCUGUGGUCCUGAGUGGAGUCCGACACAUCAGCGACACAGUUUUCUUAGAAGCUGCAAAGAAUCUUGCCGAACAAUUGACCGAUAAAGAACUUGAAGAAGGCAGACUGUAUCCUCCACUUUCCAAUAUCAGAGAGGUGUCCGUUCAAAUGGCCAUUAAGGUGAUGGAGUUCGUCUAUGCAAAGGGUAUGGCUUUUCGAUAUCCAGAGCCGAUGGACAAAAUCAGCUUUGUGAGGUCCACAGUCUGGAACACAGAGUACGACUCCUUCCUCCCGGACACGUACGACUGGCCUGGGGUCAGCUUUACUCCUCUGAAGUGA